UCGCUCUCUCCUUCUCUCUCUCUCGCGCGCUCCCUCUGACAGAGAACCGAGGCAGAAACUUUUCACAACGCAUAGUUUAAUCUUUUAAAAUGGUUUCGAUUAAUCGGGUGCCAUCUCUGCUCCGUUUGUCUUGGGAGCAAACUCUCUUUUGUUUGUGUAGUUUGUUCACGACACUCUUCGUUUUGCUGGUGAUUCGCCAGCUCCUAAAGCAGCGGAGACCCCGAGGGUUCCCCCCCGGACCGACACCUUUACCCAUGAUAGGGAAUAUAUUGUCACUGGCCACAGAGCCUCACGUCUACAUGAAGAGACAGAGUGAAAUCCACGGACAGAUUUUUAGUCUCGACUUGGGAGGAAUCUCCACUGUUAUUCUCAAUGGUUAUGAUGCCAUUAAAGAGUGCCUGUAUUACCAAAGUGAGGUUUUUGCAGACCGGCCAUCACUCCCUUUAUUUCAGAAGAUGACCAAAAUGGGAGGACUUCUGAACUGCAAAUACGGUCGAGGUUGGAUCGAAACCCACAAGCUAGCUGUGAACUGUUUCCGCUACUUCGGCAGCGGACAGCGGAUGUUUGAGCGGAUUUCCGAGGAGUGCCAGUUUUUUUUAGACGCCAUUGACCAGCACAAAGGAAAACCGUUCAACCCCAAGCAUCUCAUUACCAAUGCCGUGUCCAACAUCACCAACCACAUUAUCUUCGGGCAGCGGUUCACUUACGACGACGGCGAUUUUCAGCACAUGAUCGAGAUCUUCAGUGAGAACGUUGAGCUGGCAGCCAGCGGUUGGGCGUUCAUGUACAACGCCUUUCCCUGGAUGGAGUACCUGCCCUUUGGGAAGCACCAAAAGCUUUUUCGGAAUGCCGGCGAGGUAUACGUCUUCCUUCUGCAAAUCAUUGAGCGUUUCUCAAAAGACAGAGUCGCCCAGUCACCGCGACAUUACAUUGACGCCUACUUGGAUGAGGUGGAGCAGAGCACCAACGAUACAGCAACAUCUUUUUCUCAAGAGAAUUUGAUUUUCUCGGUUGGGGAACUCAUCAUUGCCGGCACAGAGACCACCACAAAUUGUCUGCGCUGGGCAAUGCUCUACAUGGCUCUGUAUCCCAGCAUACAAGAUAAGGUCCAAAGAGAGAUCGAUUGUGUCUUGAAUGGUAAGCCACCUGCUUUUGAAGACAGGCACAAGAUGCCGUAUGUGGAAGCGGUGGUGCAUGAAGUCCUACGCUUUUGCAAUAUCGUGCCGCUGGGUAUCUUCCGUGCUACCUCUCAAGAUGCAGUGGUGCGUGGCUACACAAUCCCUAAGGGCACCAUGGUCAUCACUAACUUGUAUUCAGUGCAUUUUGAUGAGAAGUACUGGAGUGACCCAUCUGUCUUCUGCCCAGAGAGGUUCCUUGAUAAUAAAGGGAAAUUUGUUAGGCAUGAGGCAUUUCUUCCCUUCUCAAUAGGCAAGCGUCACUGUCUCGGUGAGCAGUUGGCAAGGUUGGAGAUGUUCCUGUUCUUCACUACAUUACUCCAGAGGUUUCGCCUUCAGUUCCCAGAAGGGUUUAUUCCAAGUCUCACCCCAAAACUAGGCAUGACUCUGCAGCCUCGGCCGUACUCCAUAUGUGUCAUCAGGAGACAGCAGUAAAUCUUCACCCGCCUCUGGCACACGUGCGCUCGCCUCAGGGGAGACUACUUAGAAGUGUAAAAUUCCCUGUCUUAAAUUCUGUCAGGAUUUCAGCAGGGAACACUGACCUCUGAUAUUGGCUCAUUCAAUUCUCAGAAUGUGUUCUCCGUAGUUUCACAGAACCCAGCCUGAGCGUGAAAGAGUACACAUGGUAUGGGGAAAUGAGUCAGUGCAUGUCUGUGUACCGAGCCAAGAACGUACAUUGCAGUAUUAAAUCGUACUGUAGCGUGUCUUUCAUAAUGCGAAUUGAAAGACGUGUACCAUGUGCCAAACCGAACAUUGUGCUCGUCAAUACUAGGUAAAGUAUUACGUCAAUAAUUGACAGCGUUAACCUCUAUAACAGUUUGGAGGCACGUCGUAUUCAACAUUCCUUGAAUUCCUCCAGCUGCCUUUCCAAGAACAUUUUGGAAACACUUAUGACUCCCGUUGGUUUAAUGCCUUAAGUCAGCACUGAACUAACAAUGCUUUGUCCUUAGUUUAUCUCAGUGGAAAGUUUAUCAGGAAAUGUGAGACUUUGUCAUAUUUCUGUGGAAGAAAAUGGUGCUAUCAGCAAAAGCUUGACUCCGAUAUACAUUGUAAAUAUUAUUUUCUGUGCAAAGACUUGUUAUAAUAAAAC